AUGAUUGAGACGUAUGCAUCACAAAGACUGACCAUUAAUCAGUCGGGGAGUGUGACAGAGGUAAAAAAAAACUGGCCAUUUUUGUUUACUGAAGACUUCCUUCUUGAGCAUUCCAAGAAGCUACUUGGUACUGAGGUUUGCCAAAGAAUUGAUGCCAGCAUGGAAAGCAUUGGGCUUCGUGUAUAUCGUUAUGCUUAUAGUCAGAUGAAGAGGCCAAAGGUGAAGAAAUGUCUCGAAGAAAUUGAACAAGCCAAGAACCGUCUCAAGAGUGUGACACCAGAACAUGAAGGUGCACCUGUUCUUCUCCUUGCCCUGUUUGACGAGGAUGAAGAGCUCAUCUACAAGACUGUUGAGGAGACCGCCCAUGAUGAUGACUUGGGAGACAUGCCAGUGACGCCCAUAAUAUGUAUGAAAGGACCAGGUCUCUUUGAGGCAGAAAUGUUUACUGUCUGUGUGGAUGGUGUUGCGAUAUUGACUACUCAGCGGGCUGCAGCUUUCAAAGUCAUGUUCCUCUUAUACUUCGUUCUUAACAUAGAGUAUCCACCUGAAGUGGCUUUGACAUUGGAGUUUGUGCAGAGGGCAAUCGCGGGCAUCAACCCGGAAAGAAGCACAAAGGCACGACGAACGUCGAAGAAGCAGUAUUGUUUGUCGCCAAAAGUCGCUGCCUUGGCAAAUGCCCUGGAUCAAUACAAGUUCGAAGCUUGAGUUUGACCUCUAAAUAAACAGUAAAA